GUACAUAGACGAAGAUGGAAGGAACUCUGUCUGUCCAUGGCGACGGAGGAUCGGCCCAAAUCGGAGAAUGAUAAGCGCAAGCGCAUGCUCAUCGCCGUGCACAGCAAUCUCCACGACAGUCCAUGUUCGCGAGCUGCAAUCUUUCUGGCACACGGGCACCGACCUUCGUCCCGUCUGAUCCUCCGUUGCGUUCUAAACCCUCCUCACGUCGGUCUGAACAGCUCGAUGGUGAGUCUGCCGCAUGCGUUCGUGCCACGAAGCGUAACAGGGGUUUCGAGAAAUUUCACCUUUUCCGCAUCUCCUUGACUGAUCUUCCAUACAGUCAAUGUUGCACGAGUGCUCUGCCGAAUCCCGCCAUCGAUCAAACGUAUUCAUCAGGUUCGCACUAGCGACAAGGAAAUAGUUCGCGGUGUCGUCUGUCGUCCAGGUUUCGACUCUUUCCAGCGUGGAGCAUUUGGACGAAUCGCGCUUCGAUCGAGCGAUGGAGUCAUCAGAAACUAACGAAAUUAAGGAAGAGGCCUGAAUCACCAAAGAGGGGCCGAGCGGAUCGCCACAAAAUAAUGGCCGGAAGGGGAAAAAAGAAUGUGAUCUUCGACUGCUCUUGACCGCAGUCGUUUGUAGUUGACCGAGGUUCUUGAUCGGCGGAAAACUGGGUUGCGGCUUUUCGACCAGUCAGGCAGACACUCACCUCGACAAAGAUUUGCGCAGACAACAACACGAUCGCAGAGUCAAAUAACUUCCUCUGAUCACCAAUCACGCAUCAUCUUUCGUAAAUGCACAUGCGGCUUUAGGCGAUUCUCCCUGACCGUAACUUUCGUCUGCGGAUUAUGUGCUACAGUUCUACAUCACAUCUGCAGACUGUAGCCGUUCAUUCAUUCAUCAUAGCACUAUAUUGUCUAUAAUCCGUGGAAUCAUCAGGAUUUUGCAGCCAUGGAGGCAAGGUUGGGAAAUCCGAAAAGAAGGUGUGGAGGAUCAGACGGAAGUUGGAACCUUUACUGGAUUGGAUACCCCAAGAAGAGCCCGAAGAAGAGAAGAGGACGAGAAGUUGGUACAGCCUUGGCACAAAUCAUGGCAAAACAAAGUCGGGAAAGAUAUCUUGGCGUGACUAAUCAACACGUUUCACGAGAAGUAAGGACAAAGGCAAGAGACAUGCAUGAGCAGGCCGGUUUCCCGUCCAUGUGGUCCUUCUAUAACCGACGACGGUCCGGAACAUUCGCUCUCUCCCGGUGCUGUCGACUUACAAGACAAAACGUCAUUCCAUUCCUGGACAAUCAUUCCCGGAGCUGUUGUGACGUUUUGACUGGACCCAAGAGCAGCAGAGAACUCUCCGUAAUCAGCAGUCAGCUCCCAAAGGAAUCUUAUCAAUGAGACAGGAGGAAAGCCGACGACCAAGAUAGAGCCGUAACGUAACAAACGUGGGCAGGCUCGCCAUUCGAGCUGCAAGAUUCCAGCAUGCUUGCGGAACGAGACGGUCUAUGGGAAUAUGAGCCUCAUAAAACCGAGGAAGUAACGUCACAAGAAAGUAAUAAUACUAUGAGGAUGUUGUUUAUGCGUGGGUCACACAAGUCGGAGCUUUGAACAUCUCCAUCCGGCACAUGUGCGCGUAUAGUUCCACGCUCUUUCCAUAUGGUCGGGUUCUGUACAAUCGUCGAGAAUGCGGCUCCAGUCCCAGCAGUCAUCAGGGAUGAGAGGCACGACCCGGCAGGGCUGUAUCCAACUUCCUGUCACGAAGUACCGAUAGUGGACGGGGCAAGCAAGGGAAACUUCAGAAAUCCGUUAUCUCUAGCAGCAAGAUCUCGCAUGCUAAUCGUGCAAGAGUGGGGUCCGUAAUAGUAAACGAUCGAGGGUGCGGAAGUGCUGCAUUACUUGAGGCAUUGUUGGCGAAGGUCAGAGGAGAUCCGGAUAAUCUGACCUGCCGCAAAGUACUCAAUCAGGAAAAUAUGUCGACUCUGAGAUUGCUGGUGGGCCUCUUUCUGAAGAAUUGUUCCUUCACUCCUGUUGAGGACCUUCUUUCAAAAGCGUAGUUGAGGAUUUGUGGUGACAAACAGCGUACGAGUGUAUUGAGUUACUAAAUGAUCUCGUCUGUCUGUCUCUCUCCAGUCCUCUUCAGCCUAAAUUCCUCCUGAGAUUCUUUGCAUCCUUAUCUCGUCGAGUAUGUAUAUGUUAUGCGUAUGCGAGUUGACUAAAUAGAGGUUCAAGAUCCUCAUACAAAACGAAUGCUAGGAUUAUUAUCCUAGCGCGCAGAAGCAUAAAUGCCUUAGCUGAUACAAGCAUACGCAUCUGUAGCAAGGUUUUCCUAUGACUGCAGCGAAAUGAAGGCUGUCGUUCAGAGUUUGCUACUUCUGGUCUUUAAGUGCAUGUAAUGAAAUACCAAAAAACGAGAAAGUACAUAGUUUGGCGCAGGUUGGUAUGAAACUAGCAGUUUUCAUACAAUGUCGGGCGGAUGGACUUUACCAGGAGGAGAAAAAGAAUCUAAAACUGUUGAACCUAUCGAUGAAGCAGAAGUUUUUCUCGAGGAUUACUCUAAGGAGGACAGGGGAGAUGCAGACUCCCCUAUAGAGGAAGUGAACUUGACGGUUCCAACAACUGAUACGCCGGACAUGCGAAUGCUCACCGUGAGGACGUGGGUCAUUGGGUUACUGAUUUGCGGAUUUCUAGCGUUUGUGAACCAAUUUUUUUGGUUUCGAUCAUCCCCUAUCACCAUUUCUGCCCUGGCGGGACAAAUUGUCUCACUAUACCUUGGUAGGAUGAUGGCGACUUGGCUUCCCGACAAGAAGAUUGGUCCUAUAGAGCUCAACCCGGGCCCUUUCAACAUCAAGGAGCAUGUCCUCAUCACAGUGUUUGCUGGUUGUGGCAGCGCCUUCGGACGAGGAAAUGCGGAAGCUAUACAGCUUGUCACCCUUCUGAAUAUACCAAAGUUCUUUAAUAAGAGUCUAAAUUUUGGCGUGGCAGUACUGCUGGUUUCAACAACUCAAACCCUUGGCUAUGGAAUGGCAGGGCUUUUACGAAAAUAUGUUGUGGACCCUCCUCAUAUGUGGUGGCCUUCAACCAUGGUUGAUGUAGCUUUAUUCAGAGCUCUCCACGAGAAGGAACCUUCAAGGGGUUUGAGCCGAAUUCAGUUUUUUCUUAUUGCCGCGGUGAUAAGUUUUGCGUGGUACAUCGUACCGGACUACUUUUUUACCACAAUCACCUCCCUAUCCUGGAUCUGCUGGGUUUAUAAAGAUUCUGUGACAGCACAACAACUUGGAUCAGGAAUCAAUGGUUUAGGCUUUGGCUCGAUUGCACUUGACUGGGCUACCAUCUCCGCUUAUCUAUCGUCUCCCCUAUCAACACCCUGGUUCACGUUGGUCAACGUAUAUGUGGGUUUUUUAAUUGCUGCGUACAUCAUCACACCUCUCUGCUAUUGGUACGAUGUCUACAAUGCCCAGAACUUUCCAAUCAUCUCCAACAAACUAUUUCUUUUGAAUGGCAACCGGUACAAUGUUAAGCAGGUUCUAGAUGCAGGUGGUUUGGAUCUGGACUUGGAAAAGUACAACGCUUACGGACCUCCAGAACUAUCAACUUCCUAUGCUAUAAUUCAUUGGGGCCUGGUGUUUGCCUACAUCACUUCCGCGUUCACUCAUGUAUGUUUGUGGAAUGGGAAAGACAUAUACCAUCGAUUCAUGAGUUCCAGACUGGAUGGAAAGUACAAACCCGAUAUCCACACGCAACUUAUGCAAUAUUACCCGGAGAUUCCUUCGUGGUGGUUCUGGGCGUUACUCCUAGUCAACGUUGCGCUGUCUCUGUUUAUGAUGAAAAACUGGGAGGAUACUUUUCAAAUAUCUUCCUCAAUGUUACUGUUGGCUAUUGGCAUGUCCUGCGCUUUCACUCUUCCCAUCGCCAUCAUUACUGCCACAACAAAUCAGUUUGAAGGACCUGGAGCUCUCUGUGACUUCUUCUAUGGAUAUCUUGCACCAGGGCGAGUUGUAGGAUUGAACUCAUUUCGAGUAUAUGCUGCUGGUAGUGUUGUGCAAUCAGUGGUCUUCCUACGGGACUUCAAACUUGCUCACUACAUGAAGAUUCCUCCCCGCAACAUGUUCCUUGUUCAGGUUGUAGGGACAUUACUGGCAGGUUUUGUAAAUGUGUCCUGUGCCUAUUGGCUGUAUGAGGCGGAACCGUUGUUGUGCGCUGAAUCAGGAGACUGGACGUGCCCAGCUGCGACCAACGGUUUUUCUGUAGCCACCAUAUGGGGACUGAUCGGCACGAGAAGAAUGUUUGGAGACAUAGGACGAUACAAGAAUAUGACAUGGAUGUUUCUAUUUGGUGCAAUCGCCCCCAUCCCGUUCUGGGCUCUCGCAAAAAUGUCUCCAAAACUCGAGUUCCUGAAGUGGGUUCAUCUGCCAGUAAUUCUCAGUGCAGUCAAGCCAUGGCCACCAGCAACACCUGUAAAUUUCAACUCGUGGUUUUUGGUGGGCUUCAUGUUCAACUUUGUGAUCUUCAGACACCGCAGAUCAUGGUGGAAAAGGUACAACUACGUCCUGUCAGCAGCAUUGGACACAGGGAUAGCAAUUGCUGGACCUCUCCUUUUCUUCACACUCCAAUAUGAGAAGAAAGGUCACCUGGCGUGGUGGGGUAAUUCGCAUCCUUAUGUAGACCAUUGUCCCUUAGCCAUCUGUCCCACCGCGAGAGGAAUCAAUGUCACAUCUACAAAUCCAUUGUGCCCAGUCAUGUAGGCCCCAUCAGCAAGAUUCGUUAGUGCUUUCUUCCUAAGGCUCAGCAAUCGAGUCUCACCAAUCCAAGAAGUUGAGAGAAAUUUCUUGAGACGGCCCAGACAACAAACAACAAAAGAGCUGUCCUUUCAAAUACUCUCUAUUUGAAGUAUCACCAAUUACGGCGAGGUUCUCACUUUCAGGUUAAGGCGGUGCGUUUUCUACCCACCUUAAGGAGUCCUCAGUACUGACGGGCUCGCAUAGCACACGGCUCGACCUACUUCAAUUGGUGACUUCAUUCAACUUGUAUAAUAAAUUUUCAAUGUGCAUUCCCUUCAAACCCUUGAUCGGAAUUGGUGCCGUUUCACAAUAGGGAAA